AUGGCUUUAUUAAAGCGCAAACAGAAGGGGAAGAAAGGUUUUAUGGCUUUAAAGCUCGACAUGAGCAAAGCAUACGAUCAUAUAGAAUUGGGUUAUCUGAAGGUUGUUAUGAACCGUAUGGGCUUUGCUGAGAAAUGGAUUUCUCUUGUGAUGCAUUGCGUUUCAUCUGUUAGCUACUCUAUUAUCCAUGCUUCUUUGGGAGCUGCUGAGAGUGUUCUUACUCUUCUUCAUACAUAUGAAGAAGCUUCAGGCCAAAAGGUGAAUGUUUCAAAGUCUUCGGUAUUCUUUAGUACAAGUGUUGAAGCUGCCCUUAGAGCUCAGAUCUGCACCAAUCUUGGUAUGGCUGAAGCUCUCGAUGGUAGUCUUUACUUAGGCUUACCGAAUAUUGUUGGGAGGAAUAAAAAUGUUAUUCUUGGCUUUAUUAAGAACAAUAUUAUCAAUCAGAUCAAUAGGUGGGAAGCUGGUGCAUACAGUGAGAUUGCGUUGUCUGUCUCUUCCCUCCGCCUCUCUUCUCAAUUCUCAUCACUAAUUCAUUAA